CUCCGGCCUUUGCACAUCAGCGCCAUCACCUUCCUCCUUCUUUCCCGGACAACCACCACAUGCUUCGUAGGACAAACAUUUUUCUAUAAAUCUUCACUCGACAUGAAGUAAAAAUGAAUCGCUUGCCGGAUUGGAAAAUACUACAAUAUUUUAAGAAGCGAAAACAACAGGAUCCUACUACCACCCUAGAAUAUUUGCAUCGUGAUAUCGAGACGGAUAUUCACCUACAACCAACGGAAGAUUUAUUACAAAGUCUGCAAACUAAUCCGAAGCGUGGCCUAUCCACGGCUGUUGCACGCGAUCUUUUAAAUAAAACUGGACCGAAUGUACUCACACCAGCGAAAAAGACUUCCAACGUGUUAAAAUUCAUGAACCGAUGCUUCGGAGGAUUCUCUGCUUUAAUAUGGGUGGGCGCUUUUCUCAGUUUUUCCAAUUACCUUUUGGAACACGGAACACACGGCGAAGCAUCCAACGAACAUUUAGGAAUUGGUAUCGUUCUUGUUAGCCUGAUUUUAAUCACGGCACUCUUUAGCCAAUAUCAGGAAUCAAAAAGCUCUCGAAUCAUGGAAUCGUUUCAGCAAAUGUUACCGCAAAAAACGAUGGUCCUUAGGGACGGUUCGAAGAAGAAAUUGAACGUAGCCGAAUUGGUCGCCGGGGACAUUGUCCUUUUGGAAACCGGUGACCGAGUACCCGCUGACAUUAGAGUCCUGGAAUGUCAAGGUUUGAAGGCGGACAAUGCUUCGAUCACCGGAGAAUCCAUUCCACUUUUGAGGACAGCUAACGUUCUUCCAGUAAAUAGCGUCCUCGAAGCGAAGAACAUGGUAUUCUUCGGCACCGACAUAGUAGAAGGCACAGGGAAAGGAGUCGUAGUUAGUCGUGGUGACCAGACGGUGAUGGGUAGAGUCGCUAAGCUAACAUCGAAAUUAGUAUCAAGACCGACCCCCCUUACCCGCGAGAUUAAUAGAUUUAUGGUAAUAAUCUCGGGUUGGGCGGUCUUCCUUGGAGUUCUCUUCUUCGUCCUGUCCAUCGCUCUGGGAUACAAUUUGAUCCACUCCACAGAAUUUUUAAUUGGUAUCAUUGUAGCAAACGUACCAGAAGGACUACUCGCUACCAUGACCGUUUGUCUGACCCUAACAGCCAAGAGAAUGGCGCACAAAAAUUGUUUGGUAAAACGUUUGAAAGCUAUAGAGACACUGGGAUGCACCGCUGUUAUCUGCAGCGAUAAAACAGGAACGCUGACUCAAAAUAAAAUGACUGUAACUUUGCUUUCCAAUGAUUCAUCGAACUCUUUCUGUAAACUAAUUAAGGAAGAAAUUUUAUAUUGCACGAUUGUUUAUUUCCAGGUGCGACACAUGUGGUUCAACGGUGAAUUGAAAGAAGUUAUGUCCUCCGACCGGUGGAGAAAAUACAUUAAAGAUCCAGGUUUUCAUAAUUUAGCCAGAGUAGCUAGUCUUUGUAAUCGAGCUGAAUGGGCGCCUUUCCCUAAAAGGAAACCUCUACCCCCUUUGAACAAGAGGAAAAUUUUGGGGGAUGCAUCUGACGCUGCUUUAUUAAAAUGCAUGGAAGUGCUGGUGAAAGGAGGUGUGGAUACCUACAGGAAAGCUUAUCCAAAGGUGUUCGAGAUACCGUUCAAUUCAACGGACAAGUUUCAAGCUAACGUUCACGUAUACAAUAAUAAGCACUUCGUUGCACUGAAGGGCGCACCAGAAAGAGUAUUAGAACGAUGCUCGACCGUAGCGUUCGGUAACGAGACAAGAGUACUGAAUGAUGAAAUCAAGAAUGCUUAUACGGAGUCUUGUUACGUUCUUGGGAAUAAUGGCGAACGUGUACUUGGCUUUGCCGAUCUCGAUCUGCCGAUUUCUGAUUUCCCUCUCGACUACGUCUUCAAGGAUGAUCCUCCAAACUUUCCUCUUGAGAAUCUCAGACUAAUUGGAUUGAUGGCGAUGAUGGAUCCGCCGAGGCCAACAGUACCGGAUGCAGUGUACAAAUGUCGUUGUGCCGGAAUCAAGGUGAUCAUGGUAACUGGUGAUCAUCCUGACACAGCAAAGGCGAUCGCAAAAUUAGUAGGCAUCUUCACCGACGAAGAUCUUUUCCACCUCGAAGAAGACAAAAAGCAUUGCAUCGUGGUGACAGGAAUGGAGUUGCGUGACCUGAAACCAGAAGAACUGGACGCAAUUAUAAGAGGGUAUCCUGAGAUUAUUUUUGCUAGAACUUCACCUGUACAGAAGCUUCAGAUCGUGGAAAGUUGUCAACGACUUCAUUUGAUCACUGCGGUCACCGGUGAUGGAGUCAAUGAUUCACCGGCAUUGAAGAAGGCUGAUAUUGGUAUUGCCAUGGGGAUUGCUGGCUCGGAUGUGAGCAGAGAAGUUGCUGAUCUUAUUCUAUUAAAUGAUGACUUUGCAUCGAUAAUUACUGGAAUAGAAGAGGGACGAAGAGUGUUCGACAACCUGAAGUCGAGCAUCGCGUACACUUUGGCUAGUAAUGUUCCAGAAAUAAUACCUUUCCUGACGUUCAUUCUUUUCGGGAUUCCUUUACCUGUGGGCGUGAUCUGCGUGUUAUGCAUUGAUCUUGGUACUGACAUAUGGCCAGCUGUGUCACUGGCUUAUGAGAAAUCAGAAUCAGAUAUUAUGCUGAGGAAACCAAGAAUACCUCACAUAGAUCAUCUGGUCAGUCAUCGGUUACUCUUCACGACUUACGGACAGAUCGGCAUUAUCGAAACCUGUGCUGGCUUUUUCACAUACUUUGUAGUUAUGGCGGAGCAUGGUUUUCUACCCGGUACAUUGUUUCGCCUGCGAUCACUAUGGGAUGACACUGUUGUGAACGAUUUGAAAGACAGUUUUGGCCAAGAAUGGACGUACGAACAACGCAAGGUUCUUGAAUACACCUGUCACACUGCUUUCUUUGUGAGCAUAGUGAUCGUCCAAGUAGCCGACGUGAUGGUCUGCAAAACUCGACGAAACUCUCUUUUCCAACAAGGCAUGAACAACUGGGUCCUUAAUAUGGGAAUUCUUUUUGAAAUUGUUGUGGCAUGCAUCGUGUGCUAUGCUCCUUAUAUGGACAAAAUUCUGAGUACUUAUGCGUUGAAGUUCGAAUGGUGGCUUCCUGGUAUUCCAUACGCUGUGAUCAUUUUGAUCUACGACGAGCUUAGGAAGCUUUGGAUCAGAAAAAAUCCUGAAGGAUGGUGGGAUCGAGAAACUUGUUACUAAGUUUUUACCAUGAAUGCGAAUGUAAAAAAAGAAAUAUAAACAGAAGUCAGCUUACAGUACUUGAGAACAAUUUGAAAAUGUAACACUAGAAGAUGCUUUCAUUUUGAUCAAAAUUUAUUGAAACAAAAUGGCCAUGCAACAUUGACAGAAAGAAGUAUCAAAGAAAUAGAAAGGCUAUUAAUAUAUUCGCUCUGCCUGUCGAUAAAAUUAUGAUUCUCAAUAUUUUCUGAUAAAAGAAGAGCUGUGUUGUUUGAUGUACAG